GCUGGACAAGCCAGCUAUCAGCUCCACAACAACGGCAGUGUGCGUCACUUCGACUCGCGCGCAACGAUGGAAGUACCUGCGCCGCUGCUGAAUGGCUCCGUCACGUAUCUGGUGCUGACACUACUCGCGUGCUUCGCUGGCAUCGGCAUGGGCGUCACAGGCAGAAUGAGCCGCGAGAACUCGUCGAUCUUCACGCUGCUGGCCUUUAUGACUGGCCUUUGCCUCUGGAUGUUCUGGGCUUGUUGUUGGCUGCACCAGUGGCACAUUCUGGUGGUUCCCACAUACGGCGCGGAAUAGGAAGAAACCCGCUGAGAAUAGCGUUCGACUGUGACCCGAGUUGAGUUGGACGAAACCAACUUCUAAUGCCGACGGCAAGAGCAUGGACUUUGAUUUAAACGAAAGACAGUCCCUUACUAAAUAACGGAGCAGAACACGAAGCAGAUUUAUUUUUUGCAACUCCA